GUUUUGGGGUGGGGAAGGCCCCCUCUUUGUGCCGCCGCAGGAUCUGCUGCCCCCCCCUCCCCCCCCCCGCAUGGCUGCACCGAUGGACGGGGGGGACCCUUAUGGGGUGCAUGCAGGACCCCAUUCCCGGAAUUCCCACCCUCCGUCUGACGUUUCCCCCCCCUCUCUCCGGCCCCAGCGGCUGCGGGGGGGCGAGGAGGAGCCUUUGUCCCAACCUCCCCCCCCUCAUCCAACGGGAUUCCCGCUCCGAAGGAACUGGAUUCCCCGGAAUCGCCCUUUGAGGUGGUGCCGGAUCGCGCCGCCUUCGACCGGGAAUACGGCCCCGGGAGCAUCCCGAUGGCGGAGCGGGAAGUGCUGAGCCAGAUCCCGGAGGAUCGAGUCUGCGACUUCCCGGUGAAAGCCCGCACAGGGAACGGCAUUCCCGGCCUUCCAGCCAAGCUCCCCACUGGGUUAUCCCGACAAGCCUCCGGCACGGCCGCGGCCUUGGAGGAGGUGUCCAAGUGCGUGCGGGAGAUGCACAGCUUCACCAGCGAGCUGCUCAGCUGGGAUCUGGUGGAGAGGAAUGGUGGGAAUGGGAACAGCGCCGGGAAUCCCGGCCCCGCCGAAGCCGACAGCUCGGGCGACUCCGACGACACCGUCAUCGAGGAGGCGCCCAUGGAGGAAGCGCCGAUCCCGAUCCCGUCCGGAGCCAACCCCAUUCCCAACCCCAUUCCCGCGGCCCGGGACUGGGAGGAGGAGCGCCUCACCCUGCGGGCGCUGCAGGAGCUGGGGGAGCCCCCUCGGGAGCCCCCGGAUCCCAGCGGGAAUGUGGCUGAGCCCCCCCCCGCCGAGGGGCGGCCGCUGCUCCUCCAGCCCAGCCUGGCAGCGCGGGAGCUGUUGCUGUGGCGGGACCCGCGCCGCUCCGCGCUCGUGCUCGGCGCCAGCCUCGCGCCGCUCCUGUCGCUCGCCGCGCUCAGCGCCGUCAGCGUGUGCGCGCACGUGGCGCUCGCGCUCCUCUGCGUCACCGUGAGCGCGCGCGCGGCGCGCGGGCUGCUGCAGGCCCUGCACCGCGCCGAGGAGGGGCACCCCUUCCGCACGUACCUGGAGAAGGACAUCACCGUGUCCCCCGAGACGUUCCGCGCCGUGGUGGCUGCAGCCGCCCCUGCCCUGAACCGGGCCCUGCGGCUGCUGCUGCGCCUCUUCCUGGUGGAGGACCUGGUAGAUUCCCUCAAGCUGGCUGUGUGCAUGUGGCUGCUGACGUACGUUGGAGCCGUCUUCAAUGGCAUCACCCUCCUCAUCCUCGCUGAGAUCCUGGCCUUCAGCCUCCCACCUCUCUAUGAGAAGUACAAGGUGCAGAUCGAUCAAUACGUGGCCAUCGCCCGCAGCCACAGCAAGGACCUCAUGGCCAAGAUCCAGGCGAAAGUCCCAGGCUUGGCCAAGAAAAAGCCGGAAUAAACCCCCUCCCGGGGGGGGGGGAGAUAUUGGGGUACCCCCAGUUGGUGCCCC